AUGUCGCUGCUGCCUGAUCCGAACGAUACCGAAGAGUGUACAAUCUGUCUUGAGCCUAUUCUCCCCACAGACGAUAUAGGCACCAUCGUCUCAUGCUGUACAACGACCACCAACAAAUACUAUCACGACAAAUGCAUUCUACAAUGGGCUAACAACUCCAACAGUUGUCCAACUUGUCGUCGCCGUUUCUACAAAAUCAACAUUGCUUCAGGAGCCCUGCCCCACAAAGUGAAAAGAGUGGUCUCGGUGAAGGAUAAACUACUACCAAACGAUGCCAUCAACAGCAUUCCUCGGGCCUACGUGAUACCGGCUACCCGUCCGCCCACUCCUGAUGAGGAUGUGGACUUUGACUGCGUGCGACAUUCACAAUCUAUCACUACUGGCUUCUGUACUAUAUGCUCUAGUUCUGAUUAUAGAUCAUCAAUCCGCAAUAUGGUAUGUUGCGGAUUUUGCGGUUCGAAUUUCCAUCUUCGUUGUUUAGGAAUCUCUUCUUCGGCCCAUGCUAGCCAUAUGGUUGGCUGGUGUUGUCCCAUCUGCGAUAGUGAUCAGGAUUUGGUGGUUCUGGGUUCAACAAAUGCCACCAUGUCUCUGGUUCGAAAUCCUUUGACUUCCUCCAGAUUAGCUUCGGGAGUGUCUAGGUCAACCAGAUUGGCUACUAGCAUAACUGACUCAUUCUACAGAAACCCUAAUAUGGCGAGUAUAACCAAUAUGGAUAUAUCUGAUAUGUCCUUGCAUAAUAUGCCUAGUGCAUCUAAUUCGAGGCUUGUGAUCCACAAUAACAAUAAUGAACUCGACGACGACUUUCUCUACCAUAACAACGAUAACGACAGUAAUAUCGUGGACAACUCUCUUAAACCUGAGAUCCACUCAACUGUGAUCAACGGUGGCGUGAGGUUACGAAAAGAACAACGUGCGAUCCAGAACUUGAGCCCAGAAGAGCUCCAAUCAUGGGAGCUUUUCGAUGAAGCAAGAAACUCUAAUGAGUCGACAAACGACACAAAAGUUUCAACUGCCAUAUCUUCGUCUGUCUCAGAAAGCAAGACGAGACGUAAGCGUAAAAAGGUAACACCUGUAGCUGCUGUCGAGAAUGCAACUAUCCAUCCAGAAUCCAGAAUGGCAAUUGGUUCAAGCUCCAGUCGUAUUUCAAGUUUAAUAAAUCAGUUGAAGACUACUCCAGCUAUGAUUCAACAGAAAAAGGUGAAAUCUGCUACUUCUUCUACUGCAGAGUCAACUGUAUCGAUAUCUCCAUCGAGUAAUAGUCCGAUGGAGAAUUUAUCGAACGAUAGUGAUACACAGUAUGACAGCGAUUCGAAGGUACGGAAGAAGCCACGGUCAGCCGAACUUACUUUGGACCAAAAGAUUGAGAUCCAGAAGUAUAUUCGAAUCAACCUAAGACCGCUCUAUAAGCCUAGUAAAGAUUCAGAAUCGUCUUCAUCUCCAUCGCCUGUCAUUAGAACAGAGGAAAACUAUAUCAAUAUUAAUAAGGUAAUCUCGCGAAGGAUAUACGGGCAUAUCCUUUCCGAAACGGUAGAUAAUGGAGAGCUUUGUCCUAACUUGAUAGACGAGUACUUCAACGACGACGAUCCUACAAAGCUCAAGGAUGUUAUAGACAAGUAUGUCGAAGAAGAGUUGGCAAAUCUUCAGGGGAGCACAGUAAGAGAAUAG